AUGACUUGGUCUCCCACCUGCCCUGACUUCUCCUCCUUAGCCCUGGCCUGGUGCUACCUGGGGAUGCUGCUGAAAGAAACAUUUCCCACCACCCCAACGGGGAUCUAGGACUGUGGCUUCUCUGAGACUGACCUUCUAAAUCGCUUUGGCAAGGGGCUAGAAACAGUGAAAGACAACCCUGCUGUCCUGAACCACCUGGCAAAUAUCUCCCACUUCCUGGGCAAGCAGGAGAUGGCCAAAGGGAUGUGCCACAUGGCACUGGAGGUCCUGCAGAACCCACAGCUCUGCCAGGCAUACUGCACCCAGGCACAGAUCUACAUGAAGAUGCGUCUGCAAGAUCUGGAACAAGAUCUUGGUCCUCAAGGUUUGUCUGUACCUAAGGACAAACCUGGACAUGGACCAGGUGAGGAUGGGUACAUCAUACCCCUGAGAUCCCAGGGAGCUCCUUGCAGCAUCCCCAUGUUUUCAUUAACUCUCAGCCCUAAACAGAUGAAACUCCUGGACAAAGCCAUGGAGUUUGACUUGGGCGAUACCGUUCCUGAACUGCAGCUCUUCAGUGGCAAAUGCCUAUGGCUUAAAAGCCAGGAAACACCAUCGAGUGCUUCCACUAGCAUCAAGUGCUUCAAGUGGGCCAUCAGACUGAAAAAUGCAGGCUCUACCAAAAGCCUGCAGUGCCUCCUGAAGCCACUGCUUAUGCUCUUUGGUCAGAUGAAGCUGAAGACAGAAAUGCUGAUGCAGGAGGUGGAGCGGUGGGUUAAGAAAGAUGAGGAGAAAUUCCCAUGGUAGCACCUGCAGCAGGAGCUGAGGACGGUCUGUUGCAACCGCCCACCGGAGGUGAUCCAGCCAUGA